AAGUUAUAUGUAUAAGACAGUGCAUAGGUAGCCAUUUUAACCUUGUAGGGACACGGGAGUGCGUAUAAAAGGAAUAAACCCACCGAACACGGCUUCAUUUGGCUUGUCUAUUCAACUGAUUAAUACAAAUCUCACUCUGUAGAAAUGAAGUUGUUCAUUGGAUUAUGCUUGAUGGCGAUGGCUGCUGCCCAGACGUACAGCCCUGAGAAUGACAACCUGGACAUUGAAGCCGUGGUCAACAAUGACGACACCCUGAAAGCUUUCUACGGUUGCUUCAUGGAAACUGGCUCUUGCGAUGCCGUACAAGCGGAUUUUAAGAAGGACCUCCCCGAGGCAGUGGAGCAGGCGUGUGCUAAAUGCACUUCAGCGCAGAAGCACAUCCUCAAGCGCUUCCUGGAAGCGCUAAAGCAGAAGUUCCCUCAAGAGUAUGAAGAGUUCAGGAAGAAGUUCGACCCUGAAACCAAGUACUUCACAAAACUGGAAACUGCUGUCGCCAACUCUUAAAUGUUUCCAGAAUAUCCUUUAAGUGUCUAGAAGUAAGAAUUUUAAUUUCUUGAAAUAAAUAUUUUUAUACAUA